CGCGCACUCUACACCGGCAAAGCCGCAAUAAUACUCGAACGGUCAGUUCGCCAUCAGUAUUAGUUGGUAAUGUUGGUAUUUGUUUAAACGUUUAAGUUUGAACGAUUCUACUCCGGCCUUCGUACAAAACUUGCAUUUAACCGAUAAUUUUAACAUGAGCGAGGACGAUUACGAUAGUCUUCGAGAGAAGAAUAUAGCCGAAAGAAACGCUGUCUUUGCCGAGUUCUUUAAAGAUCUGAAAUCUCAAUCGAACGAGUUGAAAGAAUUAAAAUCAAAGUACAAUGACACGGAAAAUUUGGAAAACGAACCGCCGAAAAAGAGACGCAGAACUAUCUCUAGUGCCAUCGCUGACGAUAAUUUCAAAGUUAACAAUGUUCGUCUUGAAUUCCGUAAAAGAUACAACACCAGAAGUCGAUCUAAAACUAAAACUAAAGAUGAUUCAGAUGAGCCUAGAAAAAACAGGCCUAAAUUGCAGGUUUUAUUCCCAUGGGCAAAGCCGUUUCAACGCUCGCUCGAUCUUAUGAAAAUGGGAGUAUGCGACGUCGAUCAAGAAAACGAACAAAACGGCAGCAAUGAUGAUAGCGACGAUAACAAUACUGAUGAUGAUUACGAUGAACAUGAUGACGAUGAUGUAUAUAGACCGAGAAGGAAAGGUUAUAAAGUAUUUAAGGCACCUUACGAUCCAGAUAGCAUACCAUCCGUUGAUGAAAUUACAGUACACAUGUUGAAUAAUAUAGCAGAAAAGAGUAGUGGGAAACAAUAUUGUAAAGUUAAAGGAACUUGUUGUCAUCAGUGUCGACAGAAGACCUUAGAUACAAAGACAGUUUGUCGAUCAGGAGUAUGUAUUGGAAUUAGAGGACAAUUUUGUGGACCUUGUUUGAGGGGACGAUAUGGUGAAAGUGCACUGGAUGCAUUAAAAGACCCUAAUUGGGCUUGUCCACCGUGCAGAGACUUAUGUAAUUGCAGUAUAUGCAGGACAAGAAGUGGUCUACCUCCAACAGGCAUCUUAGCUCCCAUAGCACAAGAGGAAGGAUUUACUUCUGUUAAGGACUACCUCCAAUCUACUGAAAUCAGUGACACAUGAUUUUAUCGAAUCCAUAAAAAAUGUAUUGUGUAUCACAACGUUUUUGUAUUUCCGUAAUUAUUUACUCAAUUAAUUUGUACAACAUUUGAGAAAUCAUACCGUGUAUGAAACAAUUCUUUUUCGUCAAUAGUAUAUCCUUUUGUAUUAUUUAAUUGCAAAGAUACCAUAAUGUCGAGGCGAUAAAAUCGGAUCAAAUAAACGUAAUAUAGCAAGUUUGGAGCAUAAAUUACUUUUCUGUAAAAACAAUAUUCUAUCAAGCAUAAUAGCUGCUUCCAAUACAAGACCUGUAUGUAUUCGUAACAUUUGAAAAGCAUAGAAUCGUUUAGACAAAUCCUUGUGUAACUGAUAAAUGUUUUCCAACGUUUCAACAGGUGGUAUCUGUAUGAAUUAAAGGAACUUAAACAAUUUGUUUAACCAACAUAAAUAUUUCUUUCCAGUUGCCGUAUUAUACAUAGAAGUUGUACCUUCUCUGGGUCUACUCCAAUUCUUGAAAAUGCCCACAAGGCAUAAGUUGGAAAAUCGUGUAAGGGUCCGCCACGACCUACUCUAGCAUUAUGAACACCUAAUAAACCAAAUGAAAAAUAAACGUUUUACUAAAAGCUGAAA